GCACCUCUCUAUUCUGCUUUGGUUAGACCUCACCUGGAAUAUUGUGUCCAAUUCUGGUAACCACAGUUUAAAAGAGAUGUUAACGGUUCUGGUCCAACUUACCUGUCCGAACGCAUCUCCUCCUAUCAGCCCACGAAAAUCUUAAGAUCAUCCGGGGAGGCCCUGCUCUCGAUCCCACCUGCCUCACAAGCACGGCUGGUGGGGACGAGAGACAGGGCCUUCUUGGUGGUGGCUCCUCGGCUGUGGAACUCCCUCCCUAAUGACAUCUGGCAGGCUCCAUCCCUUUUGAGGUUUAGAAAGAAGUUGAAGGCCUGGCUAUGUACGCAAGCGUUUAAUGAAUGUUAGCGUUGACAUGAAUUGGAUUAAGGCUCUUGCACAAGGUCUGAUGGAUGACUGGCAUAUAUAUUCGGCGUUGCACUGUGUUAAAUCUUUUAUAUAUUGUAUUUUAAUAUGUUAUUUAACUAUUUUAACUGUUUUAUUAUUUUAUUGUAUUAUGAUAUACUGGAAGCGAUCCUGCCAGUUGUGUAAGCCGCCCUGAGUCCCCUCGGGGAGAAGGGCGGGAUAGAAAUAUUGGAAAUAAAUAAAUAAAUAAAUUUACAAGCUGGAACAUGUCCAGAGGAGUGCAACUAAAAUGAUCAAAGGUCUGGAGGCUAUGCUCCAUAGCGAGCAUCUUAAAGAGCUGGGUAUAUUUAGCCUGCAGAAGAGAAGGUUAAGAGGAAACAUGAUAGUCAUGUAUAAAUAUGUGGAAGGAUGUCAUAAGGAAGAGGGAGAAGCUUGUUUUCUGCUGCCCUGGAAACUAGGAAUCAGAGCAAUGGAUUCAAAUUACAGGAAAAGAGAUUCCACCUGAACAUUAGGAAGAACUUCCUGAGUGUAAGAGCUGUUCAACAGUGGAACUUUCUGUCUUGGAGUGUGAUGGGAGCACCUUCCUUGGAAACAUUUAAACAGAGGCUAGAUUUCCAUUUGUCAGGGGUACUUUGAUAGUGCUUUUCCUGCAUGGCAGCGGUUUGGACUAGAUGGCCCAUAUGGUCUCUUCCGACUCUAUGAUUCUAUGAUUCAGACACAGCAAGAUAAAUAGUGGGGAUGUGCAAGAAUUCUCUGAUUCAAUUUGGAACCUGAUUUGGCAAUUUGGAUUGGGACCAACUUCAAUUUUUGGACCCAAUCCAAUGCAUGUUGGGCACUGAAUUCAAACUGGGAUUUGAAAAUUAGACCUUUGGAACAUAUGCAUUUGAAAACUAAAUCAGUUAUAUUUUUCAGGUUAUAUAAAUCAGUGCAUGAAAUUCAGAGACAUGGUAGACCCCUCAGAAUAAAUAAUCUCUGGCAAAUUACAGACAGGUAGCUCCAGAUUUUUUUUUGUGCCAUCAAUAUUUUUUUCCAAAAAUAAACAAACAUUUUAAAAUGCACAGUCAGCUGAGUGCUUAAUCAGAUCUGUUUGUGCUGCUUUCUGCUUUCAAGGGUCUAUGAAGUAUCUCUGUUGCUUAUUUAAUAAAAGACUGUGUGUGGUUGAGGAAUUCAUUCAAAGAGUGAAAAGAGGAUGGAAACACCUAGGCAUCCUUUCCUGGUGGGCACAACUCCCCCAAUAUUGAAAGAAUCAUGUACUAAAGUGUAAUGACUGCCGAUGCAGAUGGUGCUGACAUGUGACAUUUAGCUUCUAAGAUCAUCACCUUCACUUUUUAGACAGAGGACUCCUGGAUCCAGAUGGGUUGCAUUUCAUGAAGACCAGAAAGAAUGUAUUUGUUCAAAGCAAAUAUUGUUGAUUAUCUGCCUUAAUAUUCUGGGUUAUAUGGCUGUGUGGAAGGGCCCACAACCUACAGCCUCUGGUAUUUUCUUCAGUCUCCCAUCCAACUACUAACCAGAGCCAAUCAUGCGUAACUUCCAAGAUCAGCCAGGAUCGGUUGCCUUCUGAUUAUCUGGACCUGGCUCACCACUUGGGCUUACUUCCAAGUAAGUAUGUAAGGAACACACUGGACCAGUCUACUAAUACAGUAAUGACAACAAUGUCCAGAGAAGUUUAACUGGCCUUCCACCCUGCCCAGCAAAGAGCUCUAUCAUCAGAAAGAAAGUGCAUCCUUUUUGCCUCAGGAUAAGUGCCUAGAUUAGUUAAGAGAGUAAGUGGAAUGACCACACUGGCUCUGUUACUGGUUUCUUUAUUUGUUUUUUUUUUUUUGCUGAAAUUGUACUCACUUCUUUGGCCCCAUCUAAACUGCCACAUAAUGCAGUUUGAAACUGCAUUAUAUGAUCAGUAUAGACUCAUAUGAUGUAGCAUAACUGCAUUGAACUGCAUAGUUUGCACUGACCAUAUAAUGCAAUUUCAAACUUUAUUAUCUAGCAGAUGGAGCUCUCUCUUCUGUGCCUGAGAUGACUACCAGUUUCUCGUCUAUUUCCCCUUCCUGCAGUUCCCUAUGAUGUUGCCAUUUAUUUAUUUAUUUAUUUACAGCAUUUCCGCCCUUCUCACCCCAAAGGGUGGAUCACAUUGCACACAUAAAGGCAAACAUUCAAUGCCAUGACAUAGAACAGAGACAGAGACAAGAUGCAGGCUGGCCUUGAACUCAUGACCUCUUGGUCAGAGUGAUUUGUUGAUUUGUUGCAGCUGGCUUGCUUUCCAGCCUGUGCCACAGCCCGGUCCUAUUGUGGUUGUUAGAGUUGACUAAGGCUGUGCAGCUCUUGGAGUAGUGCAUGGAUGAUGUGAUUAGCUGUACAAGGACUAUUAAACUGAAGAUGAAUCCCCAUCAAGACAGAGGCUUUGUGGAUUGCCCUGGAUGGAGCUGCAUUCCCACUAAAGGUGUGAGUGCAUAGCUUGUGAAUGCUCCUAGAUCCAUCUCUUUUUACUCGAGUCCCACGUGCACUCUGCGACUUGGAGUAUGUAACGGCCAGCUUACAUCAGUCAUGGCCUUGAUAGGGCUAAUGUAGCCACAGCAGCGCAUUGAAGCACUGAAGACUAGCUUAGUUAAAGUUGGCAAAGCCUAGUCACUCACAGAAUGACAUAUGCUGCAUUCAAAAUUGUGGUGAAAUCUGCUAAUGUAUUUACACCAGGCUUUUCAAGGAAGGGAAUCUUUAAUUACUUUGAUGCGGUUCUGAGCAGCAGUUAAAGGGUUUUUUAAGGGCAGCAGUUAAUAGCAACAGUGUGUCAUAAAUCUUUUUCAUUCUAGAACUGAAUUGUUGUCAAUACUCCAAAAAAGUUGCAAAGAUCAUCUCUGUGAGAGGGGGAAUCCAUAGGAUAUUACUUUCCAUGUCAUUCUAUUAGUUAUGGAAUAUAACUUCACAAUGUCAAACUAAAUAUUUCUAAAUAGAUUGGAAUCCCAACAUCAGGAGAUGGGUGCCAUUUAACUUUUGCUUUCUUGCAAGAUGCCUGGAGAACAAUAUUUUGUGGCCUGAGGGAGCUGUAACAGAACAUUCUGAAAAGCUAUGGGGUUUUUUUGUCCGAUGGGAUGAUUUUGACAAGAGCAUGAAAGAUUUAAAGAAAAGGAAGUUGGAGAAACAGAGAAAGACUGAGGGAAUAAAAAGUACUGGAGAACUAUAGUACAAUACCUAACUAGCAGCAGUUUGGAGGCCAAAGAAUGAUGGGAUGAGCCGGACUACAGGUGCUCACUGCUUCCUUCCCAGGGUCAUGUAAAACCAGACCCAACUAACUUAAGAAACCACUAAUUUGCCUCCCAAUCAAGGAAAACUGAUUUACUGGAUUUCAGUUCCAUCUAUGUUGUAUUCUGUAUUUAUUGACAUUAAUUGAUGUUAUUGAUUUAUUGAUGUUAUUAAAAGAACUUGUGAUUUUAAGUUACAAAAUUUCAGAAGGUGACUUCUUGAUUUCUCUAAUACUCAGAAGAUGCCUGCAUCAUCUAAGGAACCAAGAGCUUCUGAUUCUGUUAAGUACCCUUGAAACAUAAUUUUCUGAGUAUGAAAGAAACCCAAAGAAAAUUGUGAGACAUGAAAAAGGUAAAAGGAAAAUAACUUUAAAAGAUGGCAAAAUUUUCUUUGAAGGGGUUGAAGAUUGUGUAAUUGAGAAGAGGCAAUUUUGUUUGAUUUUGAUGGAGAAAAUUUUCUAAGAUAAUAUGUAUCAAACUCAAGUGGAUGUCUGUAUAAGAUUGCAAGAGGAGUUACAUUUCAUAGAAUCAUAGAAUAGUAAAGUUGGAAGAGACCUCAUGGGCCAUCCAGUCCAACCCCAUGCCAAGAAGCAGGAAAUCGCAUUCAAAGCACCCCCAACAAAUGGCUAUCCAGCCUCUGCUUAAAAGCCUCCAAAGAAGGAGCCUCCACCACGGCCCAGGGGAGAGAGUUCCACUGUCAAACAGCUCUCACAGUGAGGAAGUUCUUCCUGAUGUUCAGGUGGAAUCUCCUUUCCUGUAGUUUGAAGCCAUUGUUCCGUGUCCUAGUCUGCAGGGCAGCAGAAAAGAAGCUUGCUCCCUCCUCCCUAUGACUUCACGUAUUUUUACAUGGCUAUCAUGUCUCCUCUCAGCCUUCCCUUCUGCAGGCUAAACAUGUCUUAGGCGGAUAUUAAUGCUAAUAACUGUUACUUGGUUUAAUAACUUGUGAGAUUUAUCUUCAGAUCUGUAACUGGUCAAAGAAAAAGCUGUGCCUGAGAUGACCAGACAUCAGUUGAUCUAAGUCUGAAGGGGAUAUUUACAUAUACCAGAAGGCUUCACACCUAUUUCAAAUGGGCAAUAACCCACCAAAAAAGGACUAGCCAUUGGUAACUGUGGCCAAGAUUUAUAGAAACAUAUGUGGCAUUUUAAGACUUUGGCUUAGACUGCAUCUCAAAAUUAUUGUGAGAUCUUUAGAAGACAUUCCCAAUAAAAUGAGCUCUUCUUCCUACAGCUCUUUCAGCUAGACAUGGGGAUCUUUUUACUCUUACCUACCUACUGUUAUUCUGCUCCAUUCUUGAUCAUUCAAGCUCCACCCCCAUUCCAAAGAAAACCCCAUUGGCUGUUGCUAUGUACGGAAUCCUUCGCCUCUUCUUCCAAUUCCCAUAGAAUGAUAUUGCCAUCUUUCUUUUGGCCUUUCAACAAUGGGAGAAGGUUUCCAUUUCUGCAAUGAGACAACAGAGGAUGUACUUCAUGGGACUUCUUCCUCUGUCUGGUAAAACCGCAAAUGCUCUAUCUUGGCUGCUUAUGAUAUUCUUGAGGAAUUUUCUGACAGAGACUGCAGGGCAGACACCACCAAGAGGCUUUAGAUAUGCCUCUUACGAAGUAACCAUCCCAAGGAAGCUGACUCCCAGAUAUGGACAGCGCCAGCACAGAGAUGCUACCUACUUUUUGCAAAUUGAAGGGGAAAGCUACUUUCUGUAUCUCAGGCAGAAAAGGGGCUUGGUCCCUAAACAUUUUCCUGUCUUCACUUACAAAGAGGAAGGGGAUCUCCAGGUGGACCAUCCAUUCAUCAGAGACAACUGCUUCUACCAUGGUGUUGUGCAGGGUAAGCCUUCUUCUCUGGUCACACUCAGCACUUGUUUAGGAGGACUCAGAGGUAUCUUGAGAUUAAAAAAUGAAACAUAUGAAAUUGAACCUGUUCCAGCAUCUGACACCUUUCAACAUGUGGUUUAUCGCUUGGAAGAAGAAGAAGAAGAAGCUAUCCAUAUGAUGUGUGGGCUGACAGAGGAAGAGCAAAAACAUCAAGAGGCUAUGAUGUGGAACAGAGAGAAUGGAGUAGCAGAACAUGAUUUCAACAAAAACUGGUGGACACACACUAGGUAUGUGAAGGUGGCAGUUGUGGUGGAACAUGAACGAUUUGUGAAGUUUGACAAAAAUGAAACACUUACUACUCUACACAUUCUGAAUGUUAUCCAUACUGCAAAUUCUCUGUAUGACCCACUUCCUCUUCGAUUGUCUCUAGCUGGGCUUGAGAUCUGGUCCACCAAGAAUCUCAUAGAAAUUGCUGACACCAUUAAUGACACACUAUUGUCAUUUACACGCUGGAGAAGAGACUCCCUUGUUCAACGGCUACAGAAUGAUGCUGGUCACUUAUUUGUAUACAAGAGGUUUGGAACUAUACAUGGACUGGCAUAUCUAGGAACAAUUUGUGAUAAGCAUUGGGGAUCUGCUGUGGAAUCAUACAUGACUUCCAGUUUAUUUCAUUUUUCUAAUACAUUUGCUCAUGAAUUAGGUCAUGUUCUUGGUAUGAAACAUGAUAAGAAGUACUGUAAUUGUGAUCGAGAUGCCUGUAUUAUGUCUGCAGUUCAAGCACCUACUGAUCAAUUUAGCAAUUGCAGUUAUAAUUAUUAUUUCAAACUAAAAAAUUCUUUUUGUUUGUUAAGUCCACCAGACUCUGAAAAAAAAGAUAAAAUAAAAUACUGUGGCAACAAAGUGGUGGAAAAAGGUGAGCAAUGUGACUGUGGUUCAAAAGCUGAAUGUGAGUCAGAUCCAUGUUGCCAAUUUAAUUGUACUUUCUAUUCUGGUGCCAGUUGUGCUUUUGGACAAUGCUGUGCCAACUGCCAGUAUCUCCAAGCUGGAUCCAUUUGCCGAGAAAAAACUAGCAUCUGUGACCUUCCUGAGUACUGCAGUGGAACUUCAGUAUGGUGUCCUGAAGAUGUUUAUGUACAAGAUGGUACCCCAUGCUAUGACAAUACAUUUUGUUAUCAUGGAAAGUGCAGCACUCAUAAAGAACAAUGUAAAAUGAUCUUUGGCAACAAGGCAAGAGUUGCUUCAGAAAGUUGUUUCAGAGACGUUAACGCUCAAGGUGAUCGCUUUGGUAACUGCGGACGUACAUAUGGAACUUAUAAUAAAUGUGAUACUAGGAAUAUCCUGUGUGGCCGAAUCCAGUGUGAUAAUGUGGAUGAAAUAUCUUUUUCGGAGAAGCACCAUACCAUAAUUCAGUCAUCUUCUCUCAAUGGUCAAUGUUGGGGUAUAGCUUACCACAAUGGAAUGGACUCAGCUGACAUUGGAGCAGUGCGGGAUGGCACUCCUUGUGGCACUAACAUGAUAUGUAUUGAUGGGAAAUGUGUGAGUAUCUCCCUCUUAAUGUAUGACUGUAAUGUCACGAAGUGCAACAAUCGGGGAGUAUGCAACACUUAUAAACACUGCCAUUGUGAUUAUGGCUGGUCCCCUCCAAACUGUCUAUAUAAAGGAUAUGGUGGUAGUACUGAUAGCGGACCUGCUCCAUUACAGAAGCGUAUCAUCAAAUUUAGUAGAACACAAAUUAUUAUAGGAAUAAUAUUUCUUAUUUUCUGUGUUGCUUCUUGGGUUGGUGCAGCUGUCUAUCAUUCAAGAGGAGGAUGAUGCAUCUGUUUAGAUGGCAGAGGAUAAGAUUCUACCCAGCAUAAGAGGCUUCCAUAGAUUGCAGCAGUGCCCAGUACCAAUGUGUCAAAUAUGUACACAGGAGGAAAAAAGGCAAGAAUGUGCUGACAGUGCAUAAUGCAUGUUUUGAACCAUAUAUUAUUUCCAAACUGUGCAUGACCUUGGACAUAACCUUGAAAUGAAAUAGGAUGUUGAUCACAACAGGUCUGUAUCGUGGCUGCAGUUUAAGCAACCACUGAUAUAUUUAGCAGCUGUGGUUAAGGGGACAGUUUCAUACAAGAAAUACCUUAUUGACUAUUAAUCCCACCACAUCUUGAUAAAAUAUAUAAACUGAAGUACUGCGCAAACAAAUUACUGAAAAAUGGAAAAUGUUGUGAUGCUAGUUCAAAACCUCAAUGUGAGUUGGAUCCAUUUUGUUAAUCUAAUGGUAUGUUAUGCUCAGGUGCUGCCUGUGGUUUUUGCUAGUGCUGUAUCAUAUCAGUAUCUUUCUAGUUCGGUCCACGUGUACACAAAAACUAGGAUCUCUGAUUUUCAUGAGCCAUGCUGUAGGGCUUCAGAAUGAUCCCCUGAAGAUGGUGCCCCAAAGUUGAUAUAUGGUGUUGUCAUGGGAGUUGCAGUAAUGAGCAAUGUGGAAUGAUAAUAGGAAAGAAAGCCACUGUUCAGUUAGAGGAUUGCUUCAAAGUGCUCACAACAAUCAUUUGGACUACUCUGGCUUUAAUCAUGGAAUGUGUUAAAAUAAGUCAUGCUGUGACUAACUUAUAUAACUAAAUCCUUUACUAGCAUGUUUAGAGGAACCUGCUUUGAUGGAAAACAGUGUCCAUAAUCCAAGCAACCACUGGCAAUAAUGAGCAGUGUGGUGAGGGAGUGGAACAGGGAGAGAUCAUAUUAGAUCACUGAAUGAUGGCACUCCCUGUGGCACUGACAUGUGCAUUGAUGGGCAAUGCGUGAGGGUGUUCAUCAGGAAAUCCGAACUCACAAAGAGCAUGCAAUGCCCACAAAUAUUACCAUUGCAAUUAUAGAUGGGCCACUCCUGAGUAAGUAGGCAGUCACUAGAGGCAGAAAUGAUGUGGGCCCUUUCUGAUACGGAACUUCGUAGCAAUUUGUAGUAAUUAUUGCAAGAACUGUGUUAGUCCUUUCUGCUGCUGUUGUAUGGGUAGGCCUCCAUCUGUAUGUCAAGAAUCAACUGACCUAUUAUCUUAAAGACUAAGUCCAAAAAUCCACCCUACAGCCACCCAGUGGGAAGCAAGUCCAUAACAGAUCACAGAAAUGAACUGUGAAUGAAGUACACAAAUCAUAAAAUGGAAAUAAGGGAUAUAUUGAACCUUUUUUUAAAAAGCAACCUCUAACUUUCCUGGUAAGAAAGGUAAACAAUGAUUUAUAUUAUUUCUAGCAUACAACAUUUCAAAAAAGUAGUUAGUUUCCAGGAAAAGUCAUGACUAUUGUUUGGUUUAUUUAAAUAGAGAUGUAUUCAAGGUAAUCCAUGCAUUUAAGAUAGUCCAUAAGAAUUGUCAAACAAUAUAUUUUAAAUUUAAUAUUCAUGUUCAAAGCCUAAGUUUUCCAAAAGUCAAUUAAUUAUUUGCUGUUUUAAAGGUUUUGGAUAUGAUAUUGAAUUUCCAAAUUUCCACAAAAUGCAAACUGUAACACAAAUGAAAAGAGAAAAAGACUAGACCGUGUCUUGUCUUGUUAUCACCAUUUCAAUAGUAAAUGCAAAGGUAACAUUGUUUUGCUUACCCUGGUAAAAAAGUUGUUUUUCUCUGAAAAGGACUAUAGCCCAUAUUUCCCUAAAUUAUUCUGUAGGACUAGAGAGGUGUAUUGCUUUCAGUUUUGUGCAAUGCACAUUCUUACAGACAUUAUAUAAAUAUAUCUUUUUACAUAACACAUUAGAGUGAUUUUAGGAUCUGUUGGAAACUGGUAUCUUCUCACCCUGUCAAUUAAGUUUAGAUGCUGUUUCCAAACUCAUCCACUAUUUGGAGAUAUCCAAAAUUUAAAAAUGAGAUCUACAUUGGAGGAGUGACUUCCCUCGCAAAUUAAAAUUACUGUGAUAAAUUAUGAUAAUAGUAUGGUGUCAAAUACUACUGAUAAAGUUUUUUUAAAAAAAUUGUACUGAAUAAAAUUUGGUGGCUAUGUUAUUAAAGAUGUGGGACUAUUUUUGUUUGUGCGUUUGUGCACUAUUUUACCUUAUGUGCAUCUUUCUGUAACAUAUGUUUGUUCAAUUAUAGUCCAUCAAUAAAGAAAGUAUUACAUUAAUCAGACUGUGAGUUGUCUCAGUUAUUAUCUGACUUUUGAUUUAUCUUGUAGUUGUCAAUAUUAAUUAGAGAUAUGGUUAAUCACAUGCAGACUUGAGAAAGCUGAAAAAAGGGUGAAGACUAACCUAAGUACAGGCAGUCCCCGAGUUACAAUCAUCCGACUUAAAAAUGACUCAUAGUUAAGAAUGGGGGUGAGACAACAGGAAAAAAGAGAAAUCUAUUCCUUGGAAGGGAAAUUCACUCCUGAAAGAGUUAUCAUGGGGAAAAGGUACCUCAACUGAAGCUUUAUCACCAAUCUUUGUUUUCACAGAAAGCCUUUAAAAGUCACAAUAAUCACAGGGACUGAGAGGUGAAACAAAUACCACAGGGUGGUGUGUGUGUGUAUGUAUAUGUAUGUAUAUAGUUGCACCUCAGACAGAGUUCACCUUGCCCUUAGGAUCAACUAAUAAUCCAAAAGUAGUAGUAGUAAAACAGUUUAUUGAAGAAAAUACAUAUAAAAAGGGAAAAAUCACCAAAAGGAAUAAGGAAGGUGAAAUCCAAAAGGUAACUAGAAAAGGUACAUAUGAAAAACCACAACCAAGCUGGUGAAGAGUGAAAGCAUUUCAAAUAAUCCAAAUAAUCCAAAUGGUACAGGAAAACAAGAAUCAAAACAUGAACAUGAAUCCAGGAAAACCAGGGCUAUAAGAACUUCUUAAAACAUGAAUCAAAACUCCCAGGAAGUAAAACAUGAGCUGGCAUUCUUACUAUUCAGCAGCAUUGCCUGAUCUAAAAUCUCAACGAAUGCUCUCUGAUUUAAGGACUGCAAGGCAUGAAAGCAUUUCUUUGACCUUGAGGACUCUUUCUCUGUGCUUCUUUCGCAUGGAUUUUUUAUUUUAUUUCCUGCACCUGAUGUUUUCCCCCCUUAGACGCAGUCUGGUAUCCCUGUCUGAACCAGCUGUUCCCUCAAAGGAGCUAUCUUGGUCUGUCUAGUCCUUAUCAGAGGUUGAUAAGCUCCUUGUGGGUGAAAGGUCCUCUCCCUGUCUGCUGGACUCCAAAACAGUUCCACUUUCAAACUCUGUCUCAAAGACAGAAUCUCACUCUGAAACCCGCUCCUUUUCCUCAUCUAAAGAACCAUCUAUCACUCUCCCAGGCUCUGAAACCCCAAUCCCCUCAUCUUCAUCUGGCUGAACCACAACACACACACACUGUUGGAGUUACAUUUAAAAAUGUACCUGUUCUGACUUACAUAUAAAUUCAACUUCAGAGCAAACCUACAGAACUUGUCUUGUUUGUAACUUGGGGACUGCGUGUAUUGUUAAUCUAUCAUUGGAAACUGUGUUGAGACUGAUAACAAAGCUACUACAAUUACUAAGAUGAUACUAUAAUUUUCUACCCUACAAAGUGCUUUUUCUUUCCAGCAAAGUGACAGGAGGAUCAGUGGGAACUGAGGUCCAGAUGUGCUCUGGUGGGUCUUUCUUGUAUCUUCAACUUUACAAGUCUUAAAAGUAAAACAAAAACAAACAAUCAAAAAUCUGUAGAAGUAUAGCAUAAGAAGAAAGAGGCAGUGCAAUCUCAAAACCCCUGACUGCAUGGGAAAGUUAGCUUUUCCUUCCUCCCUUGGCUUCUUCCCCUCCUCUUACCCUCUUCCUCUUCUUCCUCCUCUACUACUUUUUUUAGGGGGUGGGGUGUUGCAG